AUGGCAAGGCUCACUGAUGCCGACUACGAGGCCGGCGAAACGUCUGAGAAUGUAUCAAGUCCACUUUCAGAUGCUGGGAAUACAGACAACUAUUAUGGCAGACGACUUCGGACUCGCCUAAUUAGUCUUCAUGCCCGCCUGGUUACAGAGGUCCCACUACCUGAGAAGUUAGCCACCCAGAUUCUACUCCUUGGACUUGAUGCUAACUCUAUUUUCCUCUCUCCCCUUGUGAGCGUUGACAUGGUCUGCGAACUUGGGUGGAGAUCCGCCAGUAUGUCCAUCUCCUUUCCAUCAGGUAACUGGAAAAUAACUGGCGUAUUAUAA